UCAGCAUGGUUUCAUUGAGAAUUUUAUUUUGGAUUUAAAAAUCUUCAAAAUUCAAGACAAUCAUAUCAUUGAUCAGAGGUGAUAAACAAUAGUGUUAAAUAAUGGAAUCAAUUGGUAAAGAAUGUAAUGAACUUAAACGUCAAUAUGAUCAAUGUUUUAAUGUUUGGUUUGCUGAAAAAUUUUUAAAAGGUGAUCAUCGUUCAACAAUGUGUGAUAAUAUUUUUAAAUUAUAUCAGAAUUGUGUACAUGAAGCAAUCAAACGACAACAUAUUGAUCUAUUACAGGUGGAUAAAGAUGUAUUGGGUUCGAGUGAUGAACAAAAACCACCGCCAUCAACAAAUUCACAACAACAACAACAGAAUCAGCAACAAGAACACAAAACAUAGAAUGAAUAUUUUUUCCUGCAUAUAAAUAUUGCCUUUAAACUUUAGUAUACUUUUUGCCAUAUUUUGAUAAAUUAUUUGUUUACAUUUUAUAUUCGUUUUUUUGCAGAAAAAAUUUGUCACAAUAAAA